UCUAAUUGGGUUCAGCACAGAAGCAGGAUGGAUGGUGCUUUAGUGAUCUACUGUGUUCUUCUCUCAUUGUUCUGUCCAAAGACUUUCACAGCCUUCCUGCCCUCUGAAGAAGGUUCUAAAUGUGGGUUUUCUAAAGUGCACCAGCUCUUGGACCAGUCAUCAAGGAUUGUUGGUGGGAAUCAGUCCCAGUAUGGUGCACACCCAUGGCUGGUUUCCAUGAAAUAUAAAGGGUCUCACUUUUGUGGGGCAACAAUACUCACUGAUCAAUGGCUAGUGUCUGCAGCCCACUGUUUUCCCACAGCAAGAAAAGAUUUUUUAAAGAAUAUAAGAGUUGUUGCUGGAGAACAUGAUCAGACAUCACUGGAUGCUGAAGAACAGAGUCUAAUGGUGAAGACUGCUGUAAUCCAUGAAUAUUACAAGCACUCCAAUCCCAUGAGCUAUGAUAUAGCUCUUGUGGAGGUAGAUGGCAAGAUUACAUUUGGUGCACAUGUACAGCCAAUAUGUCUGCCCCUUCCCAGUGAACUUUUCACACCUGGAACCAGCUGCCUUGUGAGUGGAUGGGGACGACUGAGAGAACGUGGCCCCCUACCUACUGUAGUCCAUGAGGUAGAGCUGGACCUUGUUGAGCAGGACAAAUGUAGGUUUGUCAUCAGAACAGUAAGGCCCAGGCAGAAGGAGUUCACGGUCAUAUGUGCUGGGCCAGAGAAAGGAGGCAAAGAUGCAUGCCAGGGAGAUUCGGGGGGUCCUCUCGUGUGCCCCAGGAAUAAUGGUCAGUGGGCCCUGAUUGGGGUGACAUCAUGGGGCAGAGGCUGUGGCCGUAGUUGGGAUGAUAACACAAUGAAACCCAUGACCAAAAGAGGAUCUCCUGGAGUCUUCACAGAUGUAGUCCAAUUUCUGCCUUGGCUAAAGAAGCAGCUAAAUGAAAGGAUACAGCCAAACAAGAAAUCCACAACAAAGCUAUGCAGCUCAACAGAUGGUAUCCUGACAAGUGUAGAAGGUCAGAUACACAAUCCAGAAAAGCCCAAUCGCUUCUAUGAGAACAAUCAACUUUGUUUCUGGUCUGUACAAGUUCCAGCUGGGAAGUAUAUACUGCUGGAGUUUUCCAAGUUUGAUGUGGAAAAUGAUACUCUUUGCAGCAGUGACCAGUUGGCAGUAUUUGCUGGGACAGACAAACUUAUAGGAAAAUUCUGUGGUAGCGAACUGCCUACUCCCAUCCUAAUCAGCUCCAGCAGUGCUACACUCAAGUUCACGUCUGAUUUCACCGGCUCAGCAGCAGGUUUUUCUGUGACAUACAAAGCAAUUGACCCGGAUCCUCUUUUAGCCUCGGGCUGUGGAACAGUGGCAGUGCUCCAAGCGGAAGGUAUUGUUCAGAGUCUGCACUACCCAGACCUCUAUAACAACAAUGCAGACUGCCACUGGAUAAUCUAUGCCCCUGAGAACCAUGUUGUUAAGCUGGAGUUUCAAGAUUUUGAGGUGGAGCUGUCCAAAGAAUGUGUGUAUGAUUCGCUGAGAGUGUUUGGAGAUUUGGGAGGAAGAGAAGAAAUAGCAAUAUUGUGUGGAACAACCAUGCCGCCCCCUGUGUUAAGCUAUGAAAAUGUGAUGGUAGUACAGUUUGCCACUGAUGACAGUAAUUCCUAUAGAGGGUUCCGUGCCACCUUAUCCUUCAUUAAUGUGAAAGAUUUGCAUGAAGGAAGCCUCUCAGAAUCAGAAGAGAAAUUGACUGAAGACUAUGAAAUUUCAUUCCCAGAUAUACCCUUUGAUGCAUGUGGAAUUCCUCACGCCCCUGCCAGGUUUCUGUUCAGCCGAGUUAUAGGUGGGGAAGAGGCCGCCCCUCACUCCUGGCCCUGGCAAGUCCGUCUUAGUCUUCUCGAUGAGCACAUCUGUGGAGGAGCCAUCAUCCAGCCAGACUGGGUCCUCACUGCUGCCCACUGUGUGUAUGGCAUUGAGAAGAAAUACUCACACUUGCUUGUUGUUGUUGCUGGAGACCAUGACAUUUCAACUACAAAUCCUGAAGAGCAGAAAAGACCUGUGAAAAGGAUCAUUCUUCACUCAAGCUACAAUGACUCUUCGUUGGACUAUGAUGUUGCCUUGCUGCAGCUGGCCUCUUCACUUGUGUAUAAUAACUAUGUCCGUCCAGUCUGUCUUCCAAACAAGACCCUGGAAGUAGAGCCCUCUGCGUUUUGCACUGUCUCAGGGUGGGGAGGUAAAAUAGGUGGGCAAUGGAACAGUACUCUGCAGCAGCUGGAGGUCCCACUUCUUGAUGCCAGUGACUGUGAGCUCCUAUACCCCGGCAGAAUCACAGAGAGGAUGUUCUGUGCUGGUUUUCCGCAUGAGGAGGGACAUGACACCUGCCUUGGUGAUUCUGGAGGGCCACUAGUCUGCCAUUCGGAGCAGUCUCUGCAACCCAGUUAUUUCAUUUAUGGAAUCACCAGCUGGGCCUUUGGUUGUGGAAAACUGAGCAAACCAGGAGUCUACACUUCAGUGCAGGUCCUCAGGGAAUGGAUUCUUCAACAGCUCAGUGCCAAUAUGGAGUCAACAGUAAGAACAGAAACUAAACCUAAGACUGAAUCAUCAAAGAAGAAUACAUAUCUUGAAACCAAUACUACACCAGAAUUUUCUGGAGAAGAUGUUCAUUUCUCUUCAGGGUGUCAGAAUAUCAUUUUAACAGAAAGUGAAGGAGAAAUACAAUCUCCAGGCUACCCAAACAACUAUCCCAAUGACCUGAGCUGCCAAUGGCGAAUACUUGUCCCCCAAAAUCACUUUGUCAAAGUGGAAUUCAUAGAGUUUAAUCUGAGUACCGAUGGUGAAAGAUGCACUGAUUUCAUUACUGUGUAUGAUGGAAUGAACCAAGAUAAGAAUUUUGAAGCCAAAUUCUGUGGAGGUAUCAUGCCACAUCCAGUGUGGUCCAGUAGCACAGCUCUUACUGUGCACUUCCAUACUAACUCCAUUGGAACUGCAAGUGGGUUUAAGCUGGAAUACAGACUCUAUGAUUUAAGUCAGGGUUGACAUUCUUUGUUUUCCUGUGAAUGUUAAGUUAGAAUCUGAAAUACUGAUUAUAACCUAAAAAUAUGUUCUCGGAACUUGAAAUUGAUCAAUAUCUGCAUGAUAAUAUCUGAUAUGAUUUAAAAUAAUCUUUGUUGCUCUUUUGACUGUGAUUUUCUUUCCUAAUAAAAUAAAAAAACAUGAUUUUAGAGAACAAAACACGGAUACUAUAAUUUAAUAUUCAUUGUAAUAACAGAUACAUUUAUAAUGCCAGUGUCAUACUCUGUGAGAUUCAGAUUUAGACUAAAUAAACCAUUUUCCAAUGGCUUCAUUAUUUUUGA